AGCAACCAAGCUUCCGGCCAGAGCUUAUUUCCGGUCUUUCGGGUGCUGACGCUCUCUUCCGGUUUUGACGGCCCCUGAAAGGCCUCGGGGGACGGGCAGGAUGAGGCUGCUGGCAUUCGCGGUGUUGGCUCUAUUUGCUGUCACUCAAGCAGAGGAAGGAGCCAGGCUUUUGGCCUCCAAAUCACUGCUGAACAGAUAUGCUGUGGAGGGGCGAGACCUGACCUUACAGUACAACAUUUACAAUGUUGGCUCGAGUGCUGCAUUAGAUGUGGAAUUAUCUGAUGAUUCCUUCCCUCCAGAAGACUUUGGCAUUGUCUCUGGAAUGCUCAAUGUCAAAUGGGACCGGAUUGCUCCUGCUAGCAACGUCUCCCACACUGUGGUCCUGCGACCUCUCAAGGCUGGUUAUUUCAACUUCACCUCAGCAACUGUUACAUACCUGGCCCAGGAGGAUGGGCCUGUUGUGGUGAGUCACCCAAACACUUAGCUGGCUGGGCCUCAGCUCUGCCUUC